AUGUUCGCGCUGCGCUGCGAGACGGGGGCGCCCGGGCGCUGGGGGCCCGUAGAGGCGCACUGGCAGGUCGCGCCGCUCCUCAUCCCCUCCGGCAACCCCGCCCUCGCCAACAUGCCCGGCGGCUACGGCGCCCACACCGCCCUCGCCUCCACCGGCGCGGGCGGCCUGGUGGGCGGCGCGGCCGCGGCGGUGGCCAACCUGCUGCCCGGGCAGACCGGGGAGAAGCUCAAAGGGGAGGUGAAGGCUAUCGGCCACAAGCUGGGCAACUUUUUGAACCGGUUCUGA